AUGGGGAGAAAUAGCCUGAAGAGAAGCAGCAGAGGAGACAGAGGACAGGAGGCGCCGGGCGACACACAACAAAAACCCUGAGACCUGACGAGGAGCGAGGACAUCAUGGCCAAUUUCACAGGAAACUGGAAAAUGAAAAGCAGUGAGAAUUUCGACGAGCUGCUCAAAGCUCUGGGCGUGAACGCCAUGCUGAGGAAGGUGGCGGUGGCGGCUGCGUCCAAACCUCACGUGGAAAUCAAGCAGAACGGCGACCACUUCUACAUCAAGACGUCCACCACGGUCCGCACCACGGAGAUCAACUUCCUCGUGGGCCAGGAGUUCAACGAGGAGACGGUGGAUGGCAGAAAGUGUAAGAGUUUGGCCACGUGGGAGACAGAAAACAAAAUGUUCUGCAAACAGUCUCUGGUGAGCGGGAACGGCCCAAAAACCUUUUGGAGCCGAGAACUCAGAGGGGAUGAACUCAUACUGAUCUUUGGAGCGGAUGAUGUGAUCUGCACACGGAUCUACGUUCGAGCAUAACAAGACGUCCGUCCCCAUUUUACUAAACACAAACAUCCUGCAGAAAACAAAAUGGAAGUUUUACACAUGGAUUGUUCCAACUUUCUCUGACUCACAAUUUGAUUUAGAAAAUAUUAAUUUUUUAUUUUGGAUAUAAUUUUGUAGUUCGGCACAUAAACAAAAUGAUUUUCUCCCUUCUUUUUGGCACCAAAACAACCCACAUUAUGAAUAUUGCUGGUUUCACCUGAUGGAGAACCUACUGGUCACAAUGUGAAUAAAGAUAUUCAGUGUG